CCAGACCGAGGGCCAAGCUGCCGCAUCUCCACUUUGGGGGCGGCGGCGGCCCCAGCUCGGGAGUGACCCCGGCCCGUCGACGCGGGCGGGCAGGAGCUCAGAGGCCAUUGGCUGGCGCGCUGGCUGCGGAGGGGCGGGGAGCGCCGCAGAAGGAGACUGUUUGCUCCUACGGGCUGUAGAUGGAGCUGUCCGGCCCCGGCGAGGGGGAAGGCGCCUGGAAAACGUUCUUCUUCUCCCUGGCCGGCCCGAGCGGGGAACAGCACUCCCAGGAUGCAGUUUGUGUCAACACGGCCGCAGCCUCAGCAGCUGGGCAUCCAGGGCUUGGGGCUGGACAGUGGGAGCUGGAGCUGGGCCCAGGCUCUGCCCCCGGAGGAGGUCUGCCACCAGGAGCCGGCGCUGCGCGGGGAAAUGGCCGAGGGAAUGCCGCCUAUGCAGGCUCAAGAAUGGGACAUGGAUGCCCGGCGACCCAUGCCUUUUCAGUUCCCACCCUUCCCGGACAGGGCACCUGUCUUCCCUGACCGCAUGAUGCGGGAGCCACAGUUGCCCACAGCAGAGAUCUCGCUAUGGACUGUGGUCGCCGCCAUUCAGGCUGUGGAACGCAAGGUGGAUGCCCAGGCCAGCCAACUGCUGAACCUGGAGGGGCGCACGGGGACAGCUGAGAAAAAGCUGGCCGACUGUGAGAAGACAGCUGUGGAAUUCGGCAACCACAUGGAGAGCAAGUGGGCCGUGCUGGGGACCCUGCUGCAGGAGUACGGGCUGCUGCAGAGGCGGCUGGAGAACUUGGAGAACCUGCUACGCAACAGGAACUUCUGGGUCCUGCGGCUGCCCCCGGGCAGCAAGGGCGAGGCCCCCAAGGUUCCAGUGACUUUUGUCGACAUUGCUGUUUACUUCUCUGAGGAUGAGUGGAGGAACCUGGACGAAUGGCAGAAGGAGCUUUAUAACAACCUUGUUAAGGAGAACUACAAAACCCUGAUGUCCCUAGAUGCAGAGGGCCCAGUGCCCAAGCCAGAUGCCCCGGCCCCAGCUGAGCCCAGGGAAGAGCCUUGUGUGUGGGAGCAGCGUCACCCCGAGGAGAGAGAAAUCGCCAUGGAUCCAGACACAGGAGCAGAGCCCCUGGUGUCCACACAGGACACGCCCUCCCAGGUGAAACGUGAGGAAGCCCUGUGUGUCCGGGACCAGCGGGGCCUGGAGGAAAGAGCCAUCCCUACAGAAUCCAUCACUGACUCCCCAAUUUCUGCCCAGGACCUCUUGUCCCGGAUUAAACAGGAGGAACACCAGUGUGUGUGGGAUCAGCAGGAUCUGGCAGACAGAGACAUCCCUACAGACCCCAAUUCAGAGUCUCUCAUCUCAGCACAUGACAUUUUGUCAUGGAUCAAGCAGGAGGAGCAGCCCUACCCAUGGGGCUCACGUGACUCAGUGGAAGGAGAGCUUGGAUUAGACUCUGGCCCCAGAAAUUCCAAGGAUUUACAGGCUACUUCCCAGGAACCAGGGACAAAGACCAGACAAAUUAUUACAGGUGACAGCCUGCUGAUGGUGAAGAACCCUCCGGCCCCGCCGCAGCCCCAGCCCCAGCCCCAGCCGCAUGGCCUGCCCCCGCUCCCGACGGCCGAGAACCCGGGCGGCCCCCCGAGCCGUGGGCUGCUGGACGACGGCUUCUCGGCUCUGCCUGGGGAGCGGGCCGGUGCGGCCGAGGCGCCGCCGGGCGGGGAGGGCGGCGCGGGAGGCGGCGGCGGUGGCGGUGGCGGCGACGCGGGAGCGAGUGCGGGUGGCGGCUGCGGCAGCUGCUGUCCCGGUGGCCUGCGGCGGAGCCUGCUCCUGCACGGCGCGCGCACCAAGCCCUACUCGUGCCCCGAGUGCGGCAAGAGCUUCGGCGUGCGCAAGAGCCUCAUCAUCCACCACCGCAGCCACACCAAGGAGCGGCCCUACGAGUGCGCCGAGUGUGAGAAGAGCUUCAACUGCCACUCGGGCCUCAUCCGCCAUCAGAUGACGCACCGCGGCGAGCGGCCCUACAAGUGCUCCGAAUGUGAGAAGACCUACAGCCGCAAGGAGCACCUGCAGAACCACCAGCGGCUGCACACGGGCGAGCGGCCCUUCCAGUGCGCGCUCUGUGGCAAGAGCUUCAUCCGCAAGCAGAACCUGCUCAAGCACCAGCGCAUCCACACGGGCGAGCGACCCUACACGUGCGGCGAGUGCGGCAAGAGCUUCCGCUACAAGGAGUCGCUCAAGGACCACCUGCGUGUGCACAGCGGCGGCCCCGGCAUCGGCGCCCCGCGACCGCUGCAGCCUCCACCUGAGCGAGACUAGGGCUGGGCGGGGGGGAGGGAACGGACUGGGCGUGUGGGAAUGGCCAGACCCUCCCGCCCCAGCGUUCUUUCCCGCCCUCUGCCUGCUGGAAAUCGGGAACAAGAAUUGCACUCCAGACGGUGGGCCCCUGAGGGCUGGGCAGGGGUACCCCAGAUUCAUCUGGCCUGAAUGGACAGCCCAGCUCAUCUCAUAGGGUGAACCGAACGGCUGGGGAAGGUGUCACAGGGACAGCAAGGCAGCGAGAGUCUUCGGGCACCCCCAUCAGACCAGCCAGGGUGCCCUUUGGCCACUAGGGCCACAGAUUGUGGUCAGGGGAAAUGACCAGGGAGUCUCAGACCCUUCUGAGAUAAGGAACUAAGGUCCUAAGGUUAGGAGAUACCCCGAAAAAGGAAGCAAAGGUCUAAUGGUGAGCUGAGGGAUGUGCUAAGGGUUAACAUGUUUAUGACAACACUGCCUCGCGUUUAAAUGGCGCUUUAUACUUUUUAAAAAGUGUUUUCUAUCCGUUAUCUAUUUUUCACCCUUAGUCUAUCCCUCUGAAGAUAAAUAGGGUUGAAUGUUCUUGACUUGGUGACAGAGGAAAGUGAGACACCGUGAGAUGGUUUACCCAAGAUCAGGCAUGAACAGGUGCCCGCCCCAGUGCAGGGUCCCCACCACACUCGCUGCCUACCUCCGUGGUUGGAGAGACUGCUCUGGCCUGGCCUUCCUGGGCGCUCUCCUCUCCCUUUCCUCCACUUGACCCACCAAAAUAAAAAACAAACAAAACCUAGAAGCAACAGGGGGCCAACUCAUGGGUUACUGGGAAUAGGGGGUAAACUGGCUAAAAAACACCCCAGGCUAUGCUUCCGGAAGCCUUUUUAUAGGUGAGAGCUUCCAGAAGCAUCCUGCAAAGCCCCAGACUGUCCUUCCCAUCUCCAGUCCCUCAGUCUGGUGCAGGAGGUCUUUUCACUGCACAAAAUAGUGCCCUGGCCCUCCAGAGGCAGCUGGUGCCCUGGGUCAGACCUCACCUCGAUUUAUUCCAGUUUCCCCAGGGUAAAGGUAAGGGAGAGGCUUCACUGCAAGAGCAGCCAUCCAGAAAGUGAGUCUCUUCCUUGGAGGGCCGGGCAAACAGGUGCUAGAGUCUGAGCCUCAGUCUCUCUGCCCUGGGCCUCCCAAUUGGUGCUAUCUGUUAACUGACCAUGCUCCUGGACAUGGACACAGACCCUGCUGUGCUCCGGACCCUGCAGGCGCCCUGGGAGGCGCCCAAAGGACUCCCUUUCAUGUUGGUGCAUCUGCUCUGUGGCUCUGGGCAACAUGUCCUGAGGGGCCACCGUCUCCAUUUCAGCAUCUUGCAUGGCCAAGCACGGGGUGGGGUGGCAUGCCCCAGGACCCUGUUUUGUUUGUGUCAAAAAUGACGUUUCCUGCUCUUCCUAUGGAUCCCACUUCUCUCCCAGCCAGGGGAACAGUGGGCAGCCAGCGCCUGGCACCACUUUGUGAGCUCUCUGCUUCCGCCCUUGCCCUCAUCGCGCUGCUCUGCUUUCCUCAGACCCCUUUUUGCCGUGCAAAGGGAAUUCUUGAAAUUGAAUAAAAGGUAUCCAGAUUGCGGACUGCAUGUUCACAAAGCCAGGGGUUCUCCAGCUUGGCUUCCUAUAGUAAAGCCUCAAUGAACUGGAAUCCAA